UUGUUUCGUUUUUAUACAUUUAAGCUUUUGGUUACUUUUCUAAAACAAGUGAAUCGUGAACACAGUGCCCAUUUUACCAACAGCUGUUUUGGACCGAGAAAUAAGGGAGUGUUAAAUACAAUUUACCACCACCCGCUGUCCAACCCAUAAUCAAAUUUUUUUUAAAAUGCGAGAGCUAAUUGGAUUUAGUCUUGAUGCUGUUAAAAUGAUUUCCGAGCUUAAAUUAACAAAAGGAUUAACAAAGCCACAUAAACAAAGGAUCAAUAUUGCGCUUAGUGCGUGUUCGUGCCGGCGAGGGCGCUACGAGCCGAUCUGAAAAUGUUUCAAUGAAAAGCUGAAAACAUCGUCAUUGGAAACACUUGCUCUCGAGCUUUCGAACGAACACAUGUUAACAAACACGUCUCCUAAAUCUGACAGUUAAAAGAUCGCUGUGCUUCUUUUAAAAAAACAAAGUUAAAAGUUUAAUUCAAGAUGUAAUAGAAAUUAUAAACUUUUUUUCUAAAACAUAUCAACAAGUAAACGACGUUUCGAAAAAUCGCCAAAAAUUAACUGACAAGGAGAGUAUACAGUAGUAUUUUUGAUAUUGUUAUUUUGGGACCAUUUUAUACUAGAGUUAGUCUUUAGAUAUUAAGUGUUAGAAAUUGUUGUUUCCUAUUAAAUUUAGUUGUUAGUGAUAAAUGUGCUCAAUUAGAAUUAAAUGUUGCAUAUCUAAAGUAUUUUAAUGAAUGUUUACACACAUUUAUGGGGCCAUUGCACUUAGAACCAAUUAAUCUGAAACUACUCUAGUGCCAAAUAUUUACCUAACGAAAAACAAACCUAUUCAAACACACUACACAUGAUUUAAAAUUGUCAACUUUUAUACAUCUAUAUUUUGUAAUAAAAGUUUAUCCCCAGUGCCAUUCUUAAAAUAAUAUAAAAGUGAACCAAUAAAUUCUUUCAAACUCCUAAUACAACUCUUCUAAAACUUUCCGUGAAGUUUCCUUUUCACGAUAUACUUUAAAAAACUCUUAACUUAACUGUUAAAUUAAAAUUAAAUGUUCUUACAUGUAAGUAAAUGUACUUUAAUAAAUAUUUAAUGUAACUCAACUAAAUGUCUAAACACUCAUUAAUAACUGUAAUAGUGCAAAACUAUUUCGUACAAUGGCUAAUGCCGUGCCUGACAUAAAACCUGUGAUUUCGACCGUAAGUACGAUUCACGCUGCACCGGAAGGAGAAAUGGAUGCACUUUUGCUCGGCAGAACGCGGGAACUGGUGGUCAGCUCUCCCAACGAGAGGAACUGGAGGGGCAUCUUCAUAGCUCUUCUGGUCAUAGUUGCCGUUCUUGGCCUAAUCAUUUUCAGUAUUGUACUCGUGUCACCGCCUGAAGAAGGGCCUAGGACGAAGGGCAACAAGCCUUCUCUCGAAGACAUCUUCAUCAAACUUCCGCCUCCAGCUCGGUUCAAUGGGACUUGGCUUACAGAAUCCGAGUUUGUAUAUAAAGACGAGCAUGGAGGAGUUACGUUAUACAACGCCGACAACUUAACAACAAGAAUAAUAAUGACGAAUUCAACGUUUAGACAAUAUGACGCGGCGGAUUUCAGAAUUUCAAACGACUUGAGGUAUGUCCUUCUUAUAUGCGAAGUAACGAAAAUGUACAAGUACACGACCUUGGCCAAAUAUUACAUCUACGAAAUACAAACGAGGAUCCGCAAGCCUUUAUCGCCGAAAGAAUUGGACGACAAAGCUCCUUUCUUGCAAUAUGCGUCCUGGUCACCAGAUGGUACAGCGGUGGUAUUCGUCUACAAUAACGACAUUUACUACAAACCGAAAGUAGAAAAGGAUUUAGUUUGCAGAAUAACCAAUACGGGAAAGCAAAAUAUUUUGUAUAACGGAGUCCCCGACUGGUUAUACGAGAACGAGAUACUCAGGACUUCGCAUACAGUUUGGUUCUCUCCGAACAGUUUAUAUUUGCUUUAUAUUACUUUCAAUGACACUGCCGUGGGGGAGUACAAGUACCCUUGGUACGAAAGUAAUAAUCCCAAAAUCACUUAUCCUAAAGUGAAGUCGUUUCGGUUUCCAACGGUGGAAACUCCCAACCCCGAAGUUACCGUCUGGAUGGUCAAUUUAACCAGACCGAAGUAUCUUUUCCCUGUGGAAUUAAAACCGACAAACAGUGUUGAAACUGGAAGUUAUAUAACUAGCGCUAGUUUCCUCGGGGAGCAGAACGUAGCUAUCAUUUGGUUAAACCGACAUCAGAACGUCUCGGUGAUAUUAACAUGCAAGCCACGGUAUAAUUACAACUGCACAGAUUUCCACGUCGAGAAGGAACACAUAGGGUGGACCGAGAGAAUUUUCCACCCAGUCUUCUCACGUAACGGAAAUCAUGCUUUGGUACGACUACCCGUGAAGGAUGGCGAUAAUGGUCAUUACAUGCAUGCUUGUCUACUCUUCAAUAACAACGUGAUCCCUUUAACACACGGGGCUUUUGAGCUAAGCCGUAUUUUAGCGUGGGACGAACAAAAAAACCUAAUAUAUGCUUUGGCAACGAACGAAAAUGCCCCCGGGGUUCGGCAUCUUUUCAAAAUAGGAGAUACGAAUUCUUCUCAGCCAUGGACGUGCAUGACAUGUCAGCCUAGAAUAGAUCCGAACGUUACUUAUUUCUUUUAUCCGGAUUUUAUGAACGAAUCGAUGAUCAAUGACAGUUUGCUCGUGAACUACGCUUGUGAUUUCAACAACGUCAUCUUCAGUAAAAAUUACAAAUACUACAUACAAGAGUGUCUGGGACCAAACAUUCCGGUAGUUUUUCUAGUAGAGACUGCCACUAAUACAAGACUUGCCGUUUUGGACGGUAGCAUCAAGUUAAGGAAUAAAGUUAAAGACUUAUCAUCACCACAAAUCAAAACGAUCCAAGUAGAAAUAGAAGAUGGAUACAAAGCUCAAGUAAGGUUGUAUCUGCCACCAGUGUUACGCGAAUAUGAAGAGGUGACAUUUCCUUUAAUCCUCUUAGUUGACGCGUCUCCUUCCUCUCAAACAGUUUCGCAAAAGUGGGAGUUGUCCUGGCCGUGGUAUUUAGCUAGCACUAGAAGUUACAUUGCAGCGAAAAUAGAUGCUCGAGGAUCUGGUUUUCAGGGUGUAAGAAUGCGAAGAGAAAUUAAGUACAAAGUUGGAUCUGUCGAAGUUCAAGACCAACUCGCUGUUCUCACUUAUUUGAGAGACACUUUCAAAUUCAUCGACAGGACAAAAAUUUGUGCUGUUGGUAAAGGUUACGGUGGGUAUGUUGCCACCAUGAUGUUACUACAGGACUUCCAUCAAGUGAUUAAUUGUUCUGUUGGAAUUUCUCCCAUAACUAACUGGAAAUAUCACAAUUCCUAUUUCACGGAAAAAUAUUUGGGAGUUCCUUCGAAGCAUCUCCAGGAAUAUGAUAACGCCGAUCUCACCAUGCGAGCGGGGAAUUUAAAUGAUCGUCGAUUUUUGUUGGUUCAUGGAACGGCAGAUACUUCUGUCACCCCACAACAAGCGCUGUUAUUUGCGAAAGCGCUUAUCGAUCAAGAAGUUCUCUUCCAACAGCUGGUUUAUCCCGACGAGCGACAUCACUUCUCGAAGAAAGCUCUCCUUCACAUGUACAAAGAAAUUGAUCAAUUUUUUAACGAUUCUUUCGGGCCCGUGGUGGACGACUGGAACGAUGAUUCUAGUUUCUUUAUACAAUAAGUUAUUAUUGCCAAACAUGAUCAUUGUUAUAAAGAGAAAAUUAUUUAACGUUUUCAUCUUGGAUAAAACGGAUGUUAGUGAUUCGGAAUUUGGGUGCUUGAAGCUUGAAAGAAGAAAACGUCCAUUUUUACUGCAAUGAAAAUAUUUUGUAUUUCUAGAAGUCGAUUUUGUUAUAUGUUUAAGAAGUAUUUUUACGUCAUCGUUCAUUGUGCAGUUGUGACCAUAAGAAUGAAAGUUGCUGCAUUCCAGUUUUUUAUAAUAUGAAUAUAAAUGUAUAUAUGUGCCUAACCUUAGCUUUAUCGUUAAUCGUUAAAGUGAGUAUGACAUAUUUUUUUGUUGCUGAACAUAUUAUGUAACUAUAGAUAUCAUAUUCAUUGUUAAUAAUGUUAUAUUUGUACGAUAUGUACUGACUUUUAUGUGACACCAAAGCCAAAUAAA